GCGCGCGUCAGUCGCAGCCGGUCCGGCUCAGCAGUCACAACGAUUAGGCCGUUGUUUGUGUCUAGAGUUAUUGUCCUGUGGAAGAUUAAAAAAAGUUUACACAUUUUACCGCGAAAAACUUUUGUAUAUUUUAUAAAAUAUCGACUAUCGUCGUAGUAGUGACCGUAGUAAAACACAAAAGUGAAUUUGUUUGGUAGUAUUAUGUUUUAUAAUGUUACUUAGGUCAAGUUAUGAUAAGGGUGGAUUAUAUUUUCGUAAACAUAUUAUUUAAAACUGAAGUGUAAGCAAUGCAAUAUCAAAGUAUCGACGAUGAUGAAUUACAAUAUCGGAUUUUUGGCGAAGCUUAUAACCUACCAUCAGAAAACAAUGGAGCAAAAGCCGGCAAACGCAAAAAAAGAAGCGGCUAUGUCACAGAAUCUAGCGAGUAUAGCAAUGAUUCAAUGCCGAACGACGAUGGGCAGGCUACAACCAAAAGUGCUGGGUCGAGGAAGAAUUGCAACAGGGGCAGGUGGUCGAAAGAGGAGGAUGAGCUUUUGAGGAUGUACGUACAGAAGUACGGGGAAAACUGGGACGUGAUAUCGUCACACUUCCGAGAACGAUCGGAUAUGCAGUGUCAGCAGCGGUGGACGAAAGUCGUCGAUCCGGAACUAGUCAAAGGACCUUGGACCAAGGAGGAAGAUGAACAGGUGGUUCAAUUGGUCGCCAAGUAUGGCCCAAAGAAGUGGACUCUUAUAGCCCGUAACCUUAGAGGCAGGAUAGGAAAACAAUGCAGAGAAAGGUGGCACAACCACUUAAAUCCAAGUAUAAAGAAAACAGCGUGGACGGAGCACGAAGACAGAGUGAUAUACCACGCGCACAAGCAACUGGGUAACCAGUGGGCGAAGAUUGCCAAGUUGUUACCCGGCAGGACCGAUAACGCAAUUAAGAAUCAUUGGAACUCCACAAUGCGGCGCAAGUACGAGCCCGACCGUAUGGACUCGUUCGUGUUCCGGCGCCGGCUGGCCAGGACACGGCAGGAGACGGCGGCCUCUCCCGGCAACGAGAGGAAAGAGAAUGCGGCCAAGGUAGCCGUCACCUAUAACGAUAGCUGGUCAGCAACCCCGGACCCGUUCAACGAGUCCCCGCACAGCAACUCGUCUCACACGAGCCAGCCAUCCAAGCAGGUGCUCCACUUCCGCCAGCUGCUCAAGGAACAGCUCAACAGUCUGCAGCGACGCUCUCCGGACAGAGGAGGCCUCGUGCAUGCCGAUACUGUGGAGAUCGUGGAGUCUACAGGCGCAUCCAACUUGAAAUUCGUUAACAUAGACACAUUGCCCGAGUUAAUAUCUCCUAUCAAGAGCUAUUUAUCACAACCUUCGGAAGCAACCAACGAUGAAAAUAAAGUGAGCUUCUCGACAGUCCCCGAUUGCAGCGAGGAUUUGAUCGUACCGUCGGUGUACGAGCCCUCCCCGGCCGCGGCCCGGCGCCGCUCGGACCAGCCACCGACCAACAGUCCGCCGCCCAUACUGCGCCGCGCGCGGAACAAGAAGCAGCACAAUAUGUGGUCGGAAACAAUAAAAGCCAUGGAGGGAGUGACUCCUAUCAAGGCGCUGCCGUUCAGUCCGUCACAGUUCCUCAACUCGCCCGCGACCGUCUCCUUCACUAACAACGAAACGCCCGACAGACGUCCUGCAGAAAAGGAAUGGACGGCAAGUCCUUUGCUACAAACACCAACACCAGCCAAUAUUACUCCGGGCGGCACCUCCAAGAAAACUCCUAAAACUCCAACACCAUUCAAGCUGGCGAUGGCGGAGCUGGGAAAGAAGUCCGGGUUGAAAUACUCUCCAUCCAGUCCUGGAGUGUUGGUAGCUGACAUCACAGAGAUGAUCCAGCGAGAAGAGAGUGCCAACAACGACUCUGCCGUAUCCACCGAGAAUGAAACACAGAUGGAUGACAGCGGUAUCAGCAGCGGCUCUCGUAACAAGGAGAACAUGCCCUCUCACAAGAAGGCUCGCAAGGCGCUGGCAGCCGCGUGGGGCGCCGCCACCAGCACGCCGCACAGCGCGCCUGUACCGGACCUGUGCUUCGCGCUCGAGACGCCGAGUAAAACCCUAGUCGGCGAUAAUUCCGUACUGUUCUCUCCGCCGUCGAUUGUCAAGAACUCCCUUCUAGAAGAGUCCACGAGUCUCCAGAGCUUGAUGAGCGCCGACUCCACACCCGACCCGAUGCGAUACGACGAAAUGGACGUCGAUAAUACAGAGACUGUCGAGGUACAACACGGCUAUAUCCCUACUAAUCCCUUACCUAACAAUCCUAACUCUAUUUUAUACGAAUAUCAACCUAAUAAUGACGUGUUUAGGGACAUAACUAAUCUAGAAUCGCCUAAAACCUUCGCGAGACUUAACGCGGACAGGCUAAAGACUAUUAGCAGCGGUAAUGAUUUAGCUAACGAUAAUCUAAUCGCGCCUAAAGAUGUCCUAGCGAAUGCUUUAGUUGAACAUAUAUAUAAAGUUACAAAUCAGAAACCUUCGACUUCGCGGAUAGAUGAGAUAUUGACUAACAAGAUUAAUAGAACUAACGAAGGGGAGAAAGAAAACCAAUGGUGGUCGGAGAAGGAGCAAGAUGAUUUAUAUAACGAUUAUUACAUGUUCACUAAUAAUAUGUAAGAUCCAAUGGAGUCAUCUUAUCUUAAACGAUAAGGCAAUGCUUACUAAGAGUCAACUAGUCAAAUGUGGAUUUAACCAGUUUAAACUGGCUCUUUAGCAAAAACGUUCAGUAUAAGGCUCGAAAUCAAAAAUAAUAGUUAACACAUGAACAAUAAAGAAAAACUAUGUGAUUUAUUAUUUACUCAUAUGUUUCUCGAUUUUUUAACUUACUCAGUGCAGUAAGGGAAAGUACUUCAAAUUCUAUAACGAAUAUAAUCGUAGAUAGAAAAAGCUUUUUGAAUUUACUCAAGUGUAUUUCUCAUUUUGUAGAGGAAUAUUUAAAAUAUCUCAAAACUUAUAGUUAUUAUUAAUGAGCGCUGAGUCCACUCCCGAACCGAUGCGAAACGACAAAAUGAAAGUACUCGUAGAUAAUACAGAUUCUAUGCAAUUGUAAAUAGAAAAAGAAGAAAAAGAAUUUACUGUUGCAAAUACUCGCAUUUUCCCUAAUUUCUAACUUUUUGAACAGAUAGUUAAAUACCUCAUAUUUGAUACUGAAUGUAAGUGUAAAAAGAAAAAAAAAAUCCAUUGAAUUUACACGCGUGUUUCGCUUACUUGAUAGUGAUUAUAAUAUCGUACACACACCAUGAGCAGAUACAAUAGCACGAAAUCGAUAAUAUUUAUAAAUAUUGUGGACGCAAAAUGAAUUAUUAUUGCAAUUACAAAAAAUCGAUUUAAUUUUCUAGCAUUUAUACGCCCAAAGUCUUAUCUCUCGCUGAGUAGAAAUACCUAUAAAUUUCCUUAAUUUUUAACUUGCUUUGAGUCAAAAAAGAUGACAUAAUGGUAGUGUCUAAUCAUUUCUUUUUUCCCCUGCGUAUCUUUACCCGACUGUAAUCCGAAAGAAAUGACAAAGUAAAAAUAAAGGUCUCAAAUGCGAACUAGAAUUACGAGUAUUUUUCUAAAUAAAUUUGAAUAUUAACUUCUAUAAUAAUAUAUAGCGGUUGCAAAAAGGUAAAAGUACUUAAAGAUAACACACGGUUUAAUUAAUUAAUUAAGGUUGUGAUUUGACAAAAAAUAAGUUGACUGCAAUUAUUGUUUGUUUUUUAGGUUAUUGAUUUUCUUUCGUUGUGUUAUUUCAAUUAUAAAUAAAAAUCGAUUGUAGAUGCUAGUUGUAGUAGUACUACGAAAAAGUUAUUUUUAUAAAACGUAUCAACUAAAUCAAAUGUUAUACAAAGUAUUAAUACGUUAAUAAAUUAAUUAAAUGUGUUCUACAGCUUUUUUUUAAAGCAAACCAUAUUUAUUUUUAAGUUUCCACAUAUUUGAAUAAGAUUAUUUGAAAAGAAAUGUUUCAAACUAACGUUUAUUUUUGUGGAUUCGGUUUAGAAUUUUUAUUAUUUGACUUAUUCAGGUAUUAGGCGCGCUUUGUUUAAAAGAUGUGAAUAGUUUUGAUCGUUGUAAACUUUAAUUUUAUAUUUCUUGUUAGAUUUAGAAGCACUUGACGGAACAGGAGAGUUAGGCGACCAAAGAUGAUAAUUUCAUCAAAUGAAUUCUCUAAUAUAUUUGGUUAAUUUUACUUAAUUUUAAACUUUAUUACCUCACGUUUACCACGCACCAAAUUUAGGGUAGUCUAGUUUCGAGUAUUAAAAUUAGUUUAGUUGCAUUUAGCAAGUAUUAACUGAAUUUCCCUUUAGGGCACCCUGUCCCAUUCCUUAUUUAUUAUCAAAUUCUAUAAAUCGCUUUGUAAGUUGCUAGAUGUCCCAAUUUUGAUACUUUUGUGUAAUGUAAUUACAAUAUUUAUUUUUAUAACUUUGUUAUAUAUACAUGUCGGCAGCUACUUAAGAAUACUUUAUUUGAAAUAAAUAAUGACAUUCCGAAUUCCCGUUUUUCCUAAACCCAACUCCCACAUUCCCGCAAUAUUGACAGGCCGGUGUUGAUACUUUAGAACAUUUAUAUUUAUAUUUUUUGUUGUAUUUUUAUUUUGUUAUUAAUUUAUAUUCGCUUGUAAAUUGUUUAAUUUAUUCUGUAGCUGUAGAGAUAUUGUAAUUUGUUUAUUCUGUCAUAUUGUUUUGUUUCGCUGUCAAUAUUGAUAGUUCCAAUCCAAAUAUCCGAUGUGGUCGAAUGUCAUUUUUUAUUUCAAUAAAUGUAUCAUCACCGAA